UUAUAACCCAAGUGCUGCACAAAUGUUACGUCCUAUUGCUUUGUAGUUUUAAUGUGGGCCUGAAAAACUCAAAAAUCAGAUCAAAAUCAUUUGGACUAGGGUUGAACAAAGUCGUCAUUGACAAAAUUUUCAUUUUGGAAAAAUUUUCAUUUUCAAAAAAAGUCUAGAUGAAUGCAGCGCAAUAUUUUGUACCCCUUUGGCCUAAGUCCUUGAAAAGUACUAAAUUUGUUUCAUAUAAUGAAUCGCCGUCAGUAUGCUGCCAGUACCGCUUAUACACGUCGUCAGUCUGCAGAGGUUUUUUCCAAUGACCCGUUUAAAAUUCAUUCGUAUAAUUUUCGUUACGCUGAUCGACCCGCUUACCCAGUUCAGAAUUACCAACGACCACAAUUGACCCAAUCAAAGGCACCCGAUUUCGAGACAUAUUAUCAAAAUCCUAAGUUUAAUGGCAAAAAGCAUGAAAGACAGCCAUCUGCAUCGACGCCUCCGAGUGCUUUUGUUGAGCACCGACGUCGUAAUUUUCUGCAUGAUUUCAAAUGCGUACCAUCACAGCCGAGCAAAGUUCGUGACAUACUGGUACCCACUGUACCUACUGUACGUAAGCCUCGUACUCAGCCACUGCUGCGUACCUGUUGCAAUCAAGACGAAUAUCAGACGGUACUUCGUGGCCAAAGUGUCACCAGUUUACAACAAACUUCCAUUAAUACAAAUAGAGAUAUCCACAAAGAUGGAGGAGGAGGCGGCGUAGGAAGAGGCAGAGGCAGAAGUGCUUCCUUUUGCACUCUUAAAGACCCUGAAAAAAAUUGGUCUACAUCCACUUUUAAGCUGUCCCCGAGGCGGAGCGCAAGCACCUGUAGUGGGUGUGCGAUCAACAUAAAUAUAAAGGGGCUUGAAUCUGAGCUAGAUCUGGAUAAGAGUUUGAGAAUUAAGAUUCAAACUGAUACAUGUUUGCAUAACAAUACAGAUAGGUCCAAAAUGAUUCCCAAUUUCCAAACAGAGCAGCUUGGUAGUUCGGAUAGUUUUAUCAUUGAUAAGCGUCUGUCGAAGUUUAGUCUGCCUGAAACAUGGACACAAGAUAGUCGCCAGUGCGAUGUGUUCAAGGGUAAACAAUUGCCGGUGCGAUCAGAGAGAAAUCGUUUGGAGCGGGUGUGUCCACAGGACAUGCUCAAGGAGCAGCAACGUGUGCGACUGCGUGAACAGGAACGUGAGCGUGAAAGAUUACAGCAGAUAGAAUCGGAGCGUGAAAGGCGCAGGGUACGUGGGCUAGAGCCGAGAAAAAGAGAGUAUGAGUGGGUGCAUUGUCACUCCGAUAGGAGAGACCAGCGUGUGCCAAUCCGCGCAAUUUCCAUGCCAACAGCAAUCGCUUCACCUGUAGAUGUGAAUUCACAUUUGUCGAAGCCUACUUCGGCGGAACGAUUGCCAGGUAUGGUGUCAUGUUCUUUAAACCAGUCCAGAACGCAUGCAACUCGAGCUGAACGGCUGCAAAACUGCACACGGAAUCUGGCAACAUUGCAAGGCAUGAAAUCAAGAUUAUGUUCACAGACGGAGGAAAGACGUCCAUUAAGAACACUGGAGCGUCGCAGCUCGGGCAGCUCUAAUAAUUACAAUGCCAGUGUUGUCGGUAGUGGCAGUAACUGCAGCGUGGGAGGUCUGUCGGCUUCUUAUCUGAACGAGAACAAGCUACUUAAUUUGCACGUAAACGGCAUGCCCGUUAGCAGCAACCAACCCAUAUACACGCGAAUAAACAAUGUACCCAUACGAAUUACGACAUCCCAGCUGGCGGAUGAGAAUUUGGAGUUCUCAAUGAAUAAGGUGCGCAUACGCAAUCCCUCACCAGUAGCAAGAAAUCCGGUUCAGGAGCGUAGGCGUAGCUGUAGCAGCAAUAGUUGCCAAUCGGAGGAGCAAUUACAAAAGCCCUACAAUGUCAACAUCAGUGUUUACGCGGAUAAUCGAUAACCGGAUAAUCGAUUAAGUGAAUAUUUGCUGCUGUUGCAAUGUCAGCAUAACUGUUUUCUCUGUGUGUCUUUUUUAAGUACAGUACAGUUAUGUUGACCUUAUAACAGCCUUAAAUAUUCAUAUUCGUCCGCGAUUCAAUAUUACUUAUGUUGUCUAAAGUCAAUUUCAAGCCUCGUAUCUAAUUUCCGAGUAUUCUUUUUUAAUGUAAUAAAUAUUUUUGAUAAAUGAAUUCCGUCGUUUUUCUUAAUGCGAGUUUUUGGGGCUCACAGUAAACCAUUGCAAUUGAGGGCGUUGACUCAUUCGUCACAUUGUGCAAGCAAAUACCUUCCAUUCUGGGAGUAAAAUUUACUAAUGUGUAUUGUGAGCACAUAGCAUAACAGGAUCUCUGUUUAUCUCUGUAAGAGAUACUGUCUUUUACAGUACACAACAAUUAACUUUUUUAUAUAAUCAAAAAGUUCACU